UCCGUGAGUGCGUGGUUCCGGAAGACGUGGCGGCUGCAGUAGCAGCAGCAGUAGUCUGUGCUGGAAGUGCUUGUCUUUAUUUAUUGUGUUUAGCUGUUACCCUGGUAGCCUUUCAUCCAUCACUGCAAAAAUGAUCUCCUUAACGGAUUCACAGAAAAUCGGAAUGGGAUUAACAGGCUUUGGUGUGUUUUUCCUGUUCUUUGGGAUGAUCCUAUUCUUUGACAAGGCUCUCCUAGCAAUUGGAAAUAUUCUGUUUGUGGCCGGCUUGUCCUUCGUUAUUGGACUCGAAAGGACAUUCAGGUUCUUUUUUCAGAAGCACAAAAUGAAAGCCACUGGUUUCUUCCUGGGAGGUGUGCUCGUGGUGCUGAUCGGGUGGCCCAUGAUUGGCAUGAUCUUGGAGAUCUACGGAUUCUUUCUGUUGUUCAGGGGCUUCUUUCCAGUGGUUAUUGGGUUUAUAAGGAGAGUGCCAGUCCUAGGAUCUUUAUUGAAUUUACCAGGAAUCAGUGGGCCUACGUAAGGCUGAGAAGAGAGUCUACAGUAAUGUUUGUGGAUAAAGCUGGAGAGAGCAACAACAUGGUAUAACGGUUACUCCAAGUUUCUUUGGAAAUUGCUUUAUUUAUAAUAGUUUCCCAAAGUAACUUUAUCCCCCCAUUUUUCAGAUUUCAACCAAGGAGUUAAUGUCAGGAAACCCUUUAUUUUGUUUCAGUUUGAAGAAAUUGAAUUUCAUUUGCUUUCCCUUUUUGAAUAGUUGCAAAACUUGCUGAUGUGCCAAGCAAGUCUGCAGUGUGACUGCUUUCAUAGUUUUGAAAGUGUAUUGGAUGCCCGUUGCUACCUUAUAAUAAUGAGGGGACACAGUUACUCUGAAGGAAUGUCUAGCACAAGGCACAGAUUAUGUGUAAUGUUACAUGGUCCUUUGCUACAAAUGUUCUUUCUACACAUACAUUUAUUGUGGAAGAUAGUGACUGAAUGAAAUAAACCUGGCUGAUCCUACUUUAAAAUUGAACUGUUUUAGAAUGUAUGUACAUUCUAAAGGCUACUGUUGAGUUACUCCAUUGUACAUCGGUUUCUUUGAAGAUGGAUUUGGACUUCUGUUACAACAUAAUCAUACAACAUAAUCAGCCAUGCUAUUUUGCUGUGCCUGCACUUACUUCUCAGUUGGAGAAAGCCUGAGUGCUAGAAAACAAAUAAUUUGUGUUUGUUUUAUUUAAGUGCCAGAACCAGCAGUUUUUCCUUUCUUAAGUACAGUAAAUGAAUGCUCCUGUGUAAUAUAACCUGCAAUGUAUCUAUGUAAGUGAUACAGGAAGGUUGGACUGCAUUAAGGUUUUUAAAAUACGAUUUGGGUCACUUUUAUUAGUGUAAAGUAUUAAAAAACUAUGUUUUGCUGUAUGGAACUUUUGUAAAUACACAUUUAAAAGGAAUAAGAGUUGUGUUUUUUAAGACAAUCCCAAUAAAUACUGCUGUAUUCUGAGAAGAAUUGCACAUUGUUUCUCUAGUGUUGAUGACAAUAAUAGGUUAAAGUCAUCACUCAUCCAGUAAGGUUUUCCUGCUUGUUGUGGCAUGGGUUCCUUAACGUUGAUAUUGUUGGAUGUGUUUUAUCAAUGAAUCUUUUUAUCAUUAA